AUGGUUGUUGCAUUAGGUCCGGGGAAAUUCUACGGCGUCGCCCUGCCGCGGCCGCGCCUCCACACCGACGCCAAGCUCAGUGACGAGAGAGUCGAUCCGCCGCCCUCCGUCACGGAUCCGCUCAUCUCGUGGGCGCGCGAGGCCCACUGGUCCAUGGGCGGCCUCAGCGUCCAUCGCCGCCGCCUCCAGGGCCGCAUCGAGGGCAGCGUCGAGCGCCUCCGAGCUCAGCGGGACCAGAUCUCCACCAGAUCCCCAAUUCCGACGAAAUCGGGGACAAAAUCAGCCGAGAUCGGCGCAUCGCCGUCUCCGCCGCGCGCUCCGGCGGCGAUUAAGCGCCGCCGCGUCGUCGGAUUGACGGAUGGAGACGAGGAAGAGGUGAUCGCGGCGGUGAAGAGAGGCUUGGUGAGGAAAUUGGGGGAUGAUUUUGAACGAGUGGCGAGGGAGAGCGAAAUCGGAAGCGCGGAGAGAAUUAGCUCCGGUGAAGGAAAGAAGAAAUUGGUUAAGGGAGGGGCUGCCGCCUCGGGAAUCAGAAGAUCGCCGCGGUUGUCGAAGAUGCGGUGA